AUGACCACUGACAGCUCCUCAUCUUCCACUCUUUGGAAACUCAUUCAUGGAGGUGUUUUCAUCCUCUCCUUGCUUGUUACCAUGUUUCACAUUGCUUCUCUUGUCAUGAUGGGUUUAUUAAUGAGCGAAUCCCAAUUCAUGAUUUACGAAAUACUUAUUGCCAUGAUUUUCACCACUUGUUCCUUGCUCGUAACAACAGGACUCUCAUUCUUAACCUUGUUUAAAUUCAUUUCAAAAAUGAAUGAGUGUUUACAUGCCGAUCCGAAAGAUGCCAAAAUUUCUGACAAUGCCAAAUUUGGCUAUUUAGUGUCGUAUAUUGCCUUCUCGGGAGUUGCAAUGGGACUUUGUCUCUUUCAAAGUUGUUUCUUUGGAAUGUAUGAAAGAUCAUUGCCCUCUGCAGUGUAUUUCAUUCAAUGUGGUUUGGCUGCUUCAGUGUCGGGAUGUUUGGCUUCCUUAUUGUGUUUGAUGGAUGCUGGAUUGAAGUUUAAAUUCUUCUUCAAGGCAAUCAUGGCAAAUAAUAUGAUUCCCAGUGGAGCCAUGGAAAGGUUAAUUCAGCAAUGA